GCAGACAAUGAGGCAGCCAAUCAGAGCCCGAGCUCGAGGCGGCAUCCCGAGCGCUGAUUGGCCAAUCGCUACCUCCAGCUCCAAGCCUCAUUGAUGCGUUUUCUGCGGAGCUGUCUGUCAGUCUCCCAUGUAGUUUUGGGAUAAACAGAGCAACCUUAUCUCCGAGCAACAGGAAUAUCAUUCUUGCGUAUUUUCCUCUUCUUUGAGCAUCACCGAACCGCAGCCAGGAUGACGGAGGCGGAGGCGUUGGAGAAGAGACAGCACAAGUCCGAGAACGGCAACGCAGUUGCAGAGGCUCCCAGAGAUGAUGAUUUUGACCACACAUAUAAAGAGAACGAGGGCCCCAAACCUCCCGUUAUCAUCGUAUGGAAAAAUGUUAUAAUGAUGGGUCUGUUGCAUAUAGGUGCACUGUACGGAGUGCUCCUCAUCCCUUCAGCAUCUUUUUUGACCUUGCUUUGGUCAACACUUUGUUUUUUUAUAAGCGGUCUAGGAAUUACUGCAGGAGCUCAUCGCCUGUGGAGUCACAGAUCCUACAAGGCGUCAUUACCUCUAAGAAUCUUUCUUAGUGUUGCUAACUCCAUGGCAUUUCAGAAUGAUAUCUUUGAAUGGGCUCGAGACCACAGGGUUCACCACAAAUAUUCAGAGACAGAUGCUGACCCACACAACGCUGUCCGGGGUUUCUUCUUUGCUCACAUUGGCUGGCUGCUGGUGCGCAAACACCCUGAUGUCAUUGAGAAAGGACGCAAGCUGGAGCUCACUGACUUGCUGUCUGACAAAGUUGUAAUGUUUCAAAGAAAGUACUACAAGCUGUCUGUACUACUCAUGUGCUUCUUUAUCCCCAUGUUCGUGCCUUGGUACAUGUGGGGAGAGUCUCUGUGGGUGGCGUACUUCGUCCCAGCUCUGUUGAGGUACACUUUGGUGCUGAACGCUGCCUGGCUGGUCAACAGCGCGGCUCACAUGUGGGGAAACAGGCCCUAUGAUAAGACCAUCAAUCCCAGGGAGAACCUGUUUGUCACAUUAAGCGCUAUAGGUGAGGGGUUUCACAACUAUCACCACACGUUCCCCUAUGAUUAUGCAACCGGUGAGUUUGGCUGGAAGUUCAACUUUACCACUUGUUUCAUUGACGUCAUGUGCUUCUUGGGCCUGGCCAAGGACUGCAAGAAGGUUCCCCAUGAGCUGGUACUGGCUCGUAUACAACGCACUGGAGAUGGAAGCCACCGGAGUGGCUAAGGUUGUUGAAGUGUAGUCAGCUUCAAGGGAAAGCAGCUAAGAAGAAGAACCUUCAGAGUCCUUUGACAGCUAUACAUUUCUUAUCCUCCGAGGAUAAAAGUCAGCUCCAUGAGGGCCUUGACCACAUCUUGCUUGUUUUUGUAGCUGUAACUAAACAAAUUGUUCAAGAUGGAUUAAAAAAAACAAACCCAUUUUGUUAAGCUCUUGUCUUGGUUUCUGUUGUUUGGUCAGGUCAAGAUUUUGUAAUGAUAUUUAUACUUAGCUGUUUUUGCCACUUUGGUGUGCAUUUCUUCAUUCAAGAUCAGUCAUGUAGCGGAUCAUGUAUUACUCACUUAUCAAUGAAAUAUAUAACAGGAAGUGGAGCAUUGAAAUGUGGAGUAACAAUGUUUUAACUGAUAAAAUGUGACUGAUUGGAAACUAUUGCCUUUAUUGCAAUUUAUAAAAUGUUUAAUAGCUAAGAUAUAAAUUAA